AUGGUGGUGCUUGAGGGUGGAGGCGCUCUCUUAGAGCCGGCGCUCGCCCUCGACGGUGCGACCGCCGCGUGCCUCGAGCGCGCUUAUGCACAAGCAGAUGUUUCAUUAAAACUUUUACCCAAAAGAUACAUUAACCUGCAUCAGUGGCUAUCGCCAGUGACGACUUCCGUCACAGCCGCCGCCGCCGCGGGAAAGGACCUUAAGUUACAAAUUACUGUCAAAGUUUUAAGCGUUGAUGUCUAA